GAUCACAAUAGUGCAAUGCAGAGAUGGGCUCAAGACACAGUAGCCCUCCUUACCGACCCUGACAAAGCCGACAAAGGAUCCCUGCAUCCUUCCAUCUCCCAGCAACUGACCGACAACUCAGGGACCCCUGCAAGACGAAAGAAGCAACCCCACCCUCAGGGUACCCAAUGCCCAACCACGCAGCAGUCAGCUCAGGAUGAACAAGAGAAGCUCCUGGAUGAAGCUGUUCAAGCUGUCAAGGUCCAGUCCUUCCAGAUGAAGCGAUGCUUGGAUAAGAACAAACUGAUGGAUGCUUUAAAGCAUGCCUCCAACAUGCUGGGUGAACUGAGGACAUCUAUGCUCUCUCCAAAGAGCUACUAUGAGUUAUACAUGGCCAUCUCUGAUGAACUGCACUACCUUGAGGUUUAUUUGACCGAUGAGUUUGCCAAGGGACGCAAAGUGGCGGAUCUUUAUGAGCUGGUCCAGUAUGCUGGGAACAUCAUACCCAGGCUCUAUCUACUGAUCACAGUGGGCGUGGUGUAUGUUCGCUCCUUUCCUCAGUCUCGCAAAGACAUUCUGAAAGACUUGGUAGAGAUGUGUCGUGGCGUCCAGCACCCACUCAGGGGUCUCUUCCUCAGAAAUUACCUGUUGCAGUGUACCCGUAACAUUCUACCAGAUGAUGGAGAACAAGUGGAGGGAUCAGAGGAAAUGACUGGAGAUAUUAAUGACUCCAUUGACUUCGUCCUCCUGAACUUUGCUGAAAUGAACAAACUGUGGGUUCGAAUGCAGCAUCAGGGUCACAGCAGAGACAGAGAGAAGAGAGAAAAAGAACGACAGGAACUUAGGAUCUUGGUGGGCACCAAUCUGGUUCGCCUCAGUCAACUGGAGGGGGUUAAUGUGGACAAGUACAAACAGAUUGUUCUUCCCGGAGUGCUGGAGCAGGUUGUGAACUGUAGAGAUUCAUUGGCUCAGGAAUACCUAAUGGAGUGUAUUAUUCAGGUUUUCCCAGAUGAGUUUCAUCUUCAGACCCUGAAUCCUUUUCUGCGUUCCUGUGCUGAGUUGCAUCAACAUGUCAACGUCAAGAACAUCAUCAUUGCACUUAUUGACAGACUUGCUCUAUUUGCUAAUAGAGAAGAUGGUCCAGGCAUUCCAGCUGAGAUCAAAUUGUUUGACAUUUUCUCUCAACAAGUGGCCACUGUCAUUCAAUCUCGUCAGGACAUGCCAUCAGAGGACAUAGUGUCUUUACAAGUCUCUCUCAUCAAUUUGGCUAUGAAGUGCUACCCUGAGCGUGUCGACUAUGUAGACAAGGUUCUGGAAAGCACAGUAGAAAUAUUUAACAAGCUCAACUUGGAACACAUAGCGACCAGUAGUGCUGUGUCCAAAGAACUUACUCGUCUGUUAAAGAUACCAGUGGAUACCUACAACAAUGUGCUGAUGGUGCUGCAACUCAAGCACUUCCCACCACUCUUUGAAUACUUUGACUUUGAGUCCCGCAAGAGCAUGAGUUGUUACGUACUGAGCAACACGCUGGAGUCCAACACCAUCAUUGUUUCGCAGGAACAGGUGGAUGCAAUCUUAAGCUUGGUGUCCACACUGAUACAAGACCAGCCAGACCAACCAGCUGAUGACCCUGACCCAGAGGAUUUUGCUGAGGAGCAGAGUCUUGUUGGUCGUUUCAUUCAUCUGUUCCACUCUGAAGAUCCUGAUCAGCAGUAUCUUAUUCUUAACACCGCUCGGAAACAUUUUGGUGCUGGGGGAAACCAGAGGAUUCGCUAUACUCUGCCUCCUCUGGUGUUUGCUGCCUACCAGCUGGCUUUUCGAUACAAAGCCAACUCAUCACUGGACGACAAGUGGGAAAAGAAAUGCCAGAAGAUCUUUUCCUUUGCCCACCAGACCAUCAGUGCGCUUAUCAAGGCUGAGCUUUCUGAGUUGCCUUUGCGACUGUUCCUGCAGGGAGCGCUGGCUGCUGGGGAAAUUGGCUUUGAAAAUCAUGAAACUGUGGCGUAUGAGUUUAUGUCACAGGCCUUUUCUCUGUAUGAGGAUGAGAUUAGCGACUCCAAAGCCCAGCUGGCAGCCAUUACUCUGAUCAUUGGCACCUUUGAGCGAAUGAGAUGUUUCAGUGAGGAAAACCACGAGCCUUUGAGGACUCAGUGUGCACUGGCUGCUUCCAAACUUUUAAAGAAGCCAGAUCAGUGCAGAGCUGUCAGCAUAUGCGCCCAUCUCUUUUGGUCAGGUCGCAGCACUGACAAAAAUGGCGAAGAGAUCCGUGAUGGGAAGCGGGUGAUGGAGUGUCUAAAGAAAGCCCUGAAGAUUGCCAACCAGUGCAUGGAUUCAUCAUUGCAAGUCCAGCUUUUCAUUGAAAUCCUCAACAGAUACAUCUGCUUUUAUGAGAGGGAAAAUGAUGCGGUGACUCUCCAGGUACUAAACCAGUUAAUCCAAAAGAUCAGGGAAGAUCUUCCUAACCUGGAGGCAAGUGAAGAAACAGAGCAGAUAAACAAACAUUUCAACAACACGCUGGAGCAUCUCCGUCUGCAGAGAGAGUCUCCUGAAUCUGAGGGACCUGCUUACGAUGGAUUGGUCCUUUAAACCAAUACAGUUUGUCCUCUACAAUUACAUGGCUUCCUGAAGUGUAUCACUAUAUCGUGGCGUACAUGUGCACACUAUCAUACAUCACUGAGAAGCCUCAGGUGGGCCAGAGAUAAACAGAAACGUAGAGGAGACCUUAAUCAGCCAAUCCUUCAUGUUAUUGUGUAUUCCUUUGCUUUAUUUACUCAUGACUGUUUCUUAAAUUCUCAAACUUUCUGUGCAGCUGGUUAGAUCAGUAAAAAAGCAUGUGUCUGUACUGCUGAAACUAUCAAUCUUCCUAGCUCGCACUCUGCCUGCAUCUUUUCGUUGGUGAUGGAGCAGCCUCAUGUAACAGCUGGACAUAUCAAGCCUUACAUGUUUAAUGCCUGUUGGUGUUAGAAAUGAAUGCCUCAGAACAGACCAUUAGUCAACUAAAAUGUACAAUUUUACAGCAAGUUGGUCAUUCAGAAAAUGUCUGUAGCACAAAAUGUUCUAGCAAACCAUAACACACAUCACAUGAAAUAUUCUGCCUCCAAGGAAAUAAUUCCAACAUACGUUUUCAGUUAAAAAUGUAAUCAAACAUUUGACCAAUAAAACUGCAUGAUUAUUGGUUGUAAUAAAUAAACUAAUUAAAGUGUGAAAUAGUCCCAUUUCUUUAUGGAAAUUGUUGAAAAUUGUAUCGAUAUUUUGUUCCUCUAUCAGUUGUGCUUAUUUUUUUUACAUCAUCAAUUACUCAUUAGUCUUACUAGGUCUUACUUACUGUUUUUGCUAACCAGUUGAAAUCACCAAAUUAAAGGCUUAGCAGUCAGUCAAACCUCUUGAACUCCAGUUGUGUAGUUUAUGAAAUAAAACCGGUUGGUUGGUUUAAUUAUCCCCAGAAUUUUGUGUUCUUCUUAACAUGUACUUUUUUGUUCUUGGUCAUUGAAGGCAAGGCUGAUUGAGUUCUUUUCCUAAUUAAAUAUGUUUAAAACACAUUAUUGAGAUAAAUGAAAUUGCAGCUUCAAUACAUAAACUAAACAAGACAGUACAAUUGUUCAUUCAAUGAGUCGUAAUCAUUCUAAUGUACUAUGUUACUGACAUGUUUGAUGAAAUAAAAUUAUUUUGAGGUGGAUUUAUUUUGGCUGCAACCCUCAGGGGCGCCAAAGUGGAUCAUUUGCGUCCAUUUCUAACUACCCCUCAGCAUCCUCCUUCACUUCAUGCUUUCUAUAAUCUUCCUCCUGUCCUCCGUGGUAGAUUCAUAUUUAUUGCCAGUAGUUCAAUCAUCCAUCCUCUAUACAUGUCCAAACUGUAUCAGCCCUGCCUGUCUGUGCCUUUAAACUGUACAACCUGGGCUGUCCCUCUGAUUCUAUUUUGAUCUCUCCCACUGAGAAAAUGAGCAUCCUCAGCUCUACUAUCUCCAUCUUCUCUUUUGUUUUGGUCGGUCCAAUAGUCAUCACACCCUUGAUCAUGCUUACGGUAGGUCUCACGCUUUGUCUUGCAGCUUCCCUUCUGUCAUAACUCUGGUUGUCAUCCCCAUUCAAUCCAUCCCGAAUUCACUCUCCUCUUAACCUCUUAGUGGACUUCCUAUUGCUUUGGCUGGUUAAGUUCUUAAACUCUUGAAUUCAUCCACCUUCAGCACCUCCACCUCUGUAGCAUCACUGUUUCACCUGUCUUCAUCUCAUUUACACAUGGAUACUGUCUUCGACUGACUCUGUCCUCUCCAGAGCAUGCCUCUCCAGGCAUUCUCUCACCUGCUCCAUGCUGUCACUACAGAUUACAAUAUGAACUAAGACUUUAUUCUAAAACAAAGUGGCAUCUUCUACCAGUACUUUUGUGCACUUUACAUGCAGUCCUUUCCCCUGUGCACGCAAAUGUCACUGACCAUAAUAAAAAUUAAAUGCACAGUAAAAAUGAUUAAAUAAAUAUGAGUUAUGUUUC